GACCUAAAGGUCUGACCCACAAGGCAGUGGAGCAUCGUGAGGAGAUGCAGUCCCAUGGAAUCCGGUGGCUAACAAUUGGUUCAUACACUAUUUGCUUCCUCAGGAUCGGGGUUUUCCAACUCCCCUAGGUGGACUCACCGUGCCCACCGGCCCGGUUAAAACACCGGACAUUCACUUUUCGUCCUCUCAGUUUUGUAGACAACACCCCCGCCACGAGAAGACAGUGAAGACUUCUCUGGCAGAGGCUAUAUACGCGUGGCCGUGUGAGAGCAUUUCGAGAGGCCGUACCAGGGCAUUUGGGGGCCAUAUAUAUAUGGUGCCCCCUUGUGCCAAUAUUUGUGUUCAAAUAAAUAAUAAAUAAACAAAAUAAUGAGUUUGUGGACCUUCAUCGACUGAGAAGUUUGAGAUGUAUUGUGCAUGUCCAGUCAUCUCUUACACAGGCAUGCUAUGCUGGCCAGUGUAAGAUUAAAUAGAGGGUCAGAAACAGCGAGAUCAAGACGCAGCUUCAGUUCAUGAAAUUGUUAACUAAUUGACUCAGUCAGUCAGCAACAACGUACGUACAUCAGUUCAAGUUGCCAUACCACAUUAGCACAGAGAUACAAUUGCGAUUCAAAUUCUAUAGUGGUAGAAGUAGUCAAAGUAUAAGCAGUAAUCCGAAAGAUUAAAGUUUGAAGAUGUUAUUCGAGGAGUAUAAUCCAGUGAAAUAAAUUUGGAAAGGGAAAAAAGGGAAAUGAAGAAUUCAGAAGAUUAGAAUUUGGGAGAACACAAAGAGUGGAUGUGCCUGCGUCAUUGCAAACGAUUUUGAGCCAUGUCAUUCAAGGUCUCUAACCAUCGGUUGCUAUCGACUCGUGGAUCCCAACCAGGUAGUCUACACCUACCAACAUGGCUCAGUUCACUUGUCAGUGACUUCAUGCUUUAGUGCCAUGUUUUGAUAUGACCACUCAUAGCUUCCAGUCUACUCCUUCACCUCAAAACAUCGCUUGUCGGGGCAGUCGGUGGUUGGGCAUACGUAAUACAUGUCCCAGCCAUCUUAACUGACUGAUCUUAUUGAGGUCCUUAGAAUAAACAUAAUUUGUGACUGGCAACGUUAGACAAUAUAGAUCAAAUUCAUUUAGCAGUUUUCUAGAUGUGUUUACUUAUUACCCUUUAAAUUUUGAGUUUUAAUGAUAUUUCAUACUUCCCAUUUUUGCUCUCAUUAAUCGUUCUCGAACUGUGUCCUCUGUAUUAUCUUUUUGCUACCACUAAUACGAUCACUUAGGCUCCUUUGUUUUUUAUUUGAUUAGUUUUUCCUCGAUAAUGUUGUAAAGUGUGGUAAGUUGAACCGAUACAUAUUUUUGAUAAAUCUUACGUUAAUAAUUCCUGAUGUAACCUGGAAAUUGUAUCAACACUAAUCGAGGUGGUUAUGGUGUAGAUUCUAUUUAACUUUAUUAUUAUUGUUUUGAACUUCGUAAUUUACCCAUAGUGACAAAUGAGCGUGUUUUUGUAUUUUUAGGUGAAAUAUGAUCUUGUUUUGGAUGAUGAAAUAGAGUUUUUAAAAACACUAACUCGACCCGGUGCCAACAUUGAACAAGAAGUCAGUCUAGACGAAGAGCAAAAACGAAAAGCUACUGACAAACGUGAAGCCCUCAAGGAAGCAAAACGCUCGCUCCCGAUCUAUAAAUUCCGGGAUGCUCUUUUACAAGCUAUUGCUGAUCAUCAGGUUUUAAUCAUAGAAGGUGAAACAGGUUCUGGUAAAACAACUCAAAUUCCUCAGUAUUUGUACGAAGCGGGUUAUUGUAAUGGAGGAAAACGUAUCGGAUGUACACAACCACGUCGUGUUGCUGCCAUGUCAGUAGCUGCUCGAGUUUCACAAGAAAUGUCUGUUAGACUUGGAUCUGAAGUGGGAUACAGUAUUCGUUUUGAAGAUUGUACUUCAGAGCAUACAAUAAUAAAGUACAUGACAGACGGCAUGCUUUUGCGUGAAUUUCUCACAGAACCAGAUCUGGGCAGUUAUUCGGUAAUGAUUAUAGACGAAGCACAUGAACGUACAUUACAUACAGAUAUACUGUUCGGUUUAGUAAAGGAUGUAGCUCGUUUUCGAUCCGAUUUGAAACUUCUAAUUAGCUCUGCUACUUUAGAUGCAGAAAAAUUUGCUACAUUUUUUGAUGAUGCUCCUGUAUUCCGAAUUCCAGGCCGUCGUUAUCCAGUUGAUAUCUACUAUACAAAAGCUCCAGAAGCUGAUUAUAUUGAAGCUGCUAUCAUAUCUAUUCUUCAGAUACAUGUAACUCAACCUCCAGGUGAUAUUCUAGUCUUUUUAACUGGUCAAGAAGAAAUUGAGACUGCCAAUGAGUUAUUAAUGGAGCGUACAAGAAAACUUGGGAGUAAAAUUCGUGAAUUAAUAAUUCUACCUAUUUAUUCUAGUCUUCCAUCUGAUAUGCAGGCGAAAAUUUUCGCACCGACACCACCAGGUGCUCGAAAAGUUGUCUUAGCCACAAAUAUCGCUGAAACAUCACUUACAAUUGAUGGUAUUAUUUAUGUUAUUGAUACUGGAUUUUGUAAACAAAAAUUUUAUAGUGCACGUUCUGGUGUUGAAUCAUUAAUAGUUGUUCCAAUAUCACAAGCUGCAGCCGAUCAAAGAGCUGGACGUGCUGGACGUGUAGCCGCAGGCAAAUGUUUUCGUCUAUACACUUCACAUGCUUACCAUACGGAAUUAGAUCCACAACCUAUUCCAGAAAUACAACGUACAAAUUUAGGCAAUGUUGUCUUAUUACUUAAAUCUCUUGGUAUUGAUGAUCUGCUACAUUUUGACUAUAUGGAUCCCCCACCACAUGAUGCUUUAAUUAUGGCAUUAGAACAAUUAUACGCCUUGGGUGCAUUAAAUCAUAAAGGUGAACUAACUAAAAUGGGUCGUCAAAUGGCUGAAUUCCCAUGUAAUCCACAAUUAUCAAAAAUGAUUUUAGCCUCAGAUAAGUAUAAAUGUUCCGGUGAUAUUAUCACUAUUGCGUCUAUGCUUUCUGUAAAUAAUGCCAUCUUCUAUAGACCGAAAGAUAAAUUAAUUCAUGCAGAUACUGCACGAAAAAGUUUUUCUCAUAUAGCCGGUGAUCAUAUUAUGCUAUUGAAUGUUUAUAAUCAGUGGGCAGAAUCUGAUUUCUCUUCUCAUUGGUGUUAUGAGCAGUUUAUUCAGUAUCGAACUAUGAAACGAGCCCGUGAUAUUCGUGAUCAAUUCGUAGGUUUGUUAGAUCGUGUUGAGAUUGAUCUAGUGAAUAAUCCACAUGACCAUGUGAACAUUCGAAAGGCUAUAACUGCUGGAUUUUUCUAUCAUACAGCACGAUUCACUGGUGAUGGUUAUAAAACAGUAAAACAAAAGCACACAAUUUAUCCACAUCCAAAUUCAUGUCUAUCUGAAGCAUUGCCAAAAUGGGUUAUCUAUCAUGAAUUGGUAUAUACAACUAAGGAAUUCAUGCGUCAAAUUAUUGAAAUUGAAUCAAAGUGGCUAUUGGAAGUUGCACCGCAUUAUUAUAAAGAAAAAGAAAUUGAAUAUACUACUGAAAAAGUUUCUAGGAAUAAAGGUAAAUCACGUGCAGAAUUGGAGCCAAGUGAAGGUGUCUAAUGAUAAUGAAAAUAAAACACGACAUGUACAUUUUGUGAUUUAAAGCGAGGCAGACAGACAGAUGGAGACUUAAAAUGUAUAUUUUUAGAGUUGUACAUUUUCAUUUUGACUUUGAUAUCUCUUUUUUUUCUCAAGGAAAAAAGUGAUUUCUGUACAGUUUUGUAUUUUAAAGUUUUAACUUAGAUUAUUCAAUUUUUACAGAAAGGAAAUAUAAAGAUUGAUUCAGAU